AUGGCGACGAUGUUGCUUCUCGCGCUUCUGCUGGGCCUUUUGGCCGUAGGGGCCUUCGCGCAGAUCCCUUCUACGUCAGGUACACCACAACCUUCGCCACACUCCGCCGUUUUCGUGAGCGGAACUGCAAGACUCUUCUUCAAUCUCUGUGGCAGGGUUUAUCAGCAUAGACUGUGGCCUCGACGACGACUCUGGCUACAAAGACCAGGUUACUCAGAUCCUGUACUCGCCGGACGAGCCCUACACCAGCGCCGGAGUGAACAGGAAGGUCUCUCCUAGCACCAAUCUGACGUCCAUCAUGCGCUACUAUGCCAACGUCCGGAGUUUUCCUGAUGGGACUCGAAACUGCUACACGCUGCGGCCGCUGGUGCGGGGCGCCAAGUAUCGGGUGAACGCGGAGUUCUUGUACGGGAACUACGACGGUCUGGGUCGACCGCCGACGUUCGACUUAUACCUCGGCGUCAACCUGUGGAUGACCAUGGAAGCCGGCGACUUCAAUCGGUCGGAGAUCAUCGCCAUCGCCGCCACCGAGAGCAUGCAGGUCUGCCUGGUGAACACGGGAAAGGGGACGCCCUUCAUAUCCGAGCUCGACCUGCGGCCACUUCUCUAUUCCAUGUACACUCAGGUCGACUCGUCGCAGUCUAUCGUCUUCCUCGGGGUUCGAAGAAACUACGGAGGGGAAGCCCAGAUCACGUUCUCUCUCUCUCUCUCUCUCUCUAGCCGUCUAUCUCGAACUAUCUAUCUGCCUCUCUCUAAAAAAACUCUCGUACAGGUACCCGGAUGACCCCUACGACCGCCGGUGGUACCCCGUGCCACUAGGCAGAAAUAUAAGCACUGUCGCCAUAGUGGAUCCGGUGGAUGGGUUUCCUGUGCCACAGGCAGUCCUGAAGACGGCGGCGACGGCGGCGUCCCUCUCGGAGAGCUUAAAAAUCACCAUUCCCGGGAGCCCAGAGGAUCACACCCACCUGGUCAUGUACUUCGCGGAGCUCCAGCAGCUGGGGGACAACGAGACCAGGGAGUUCAAAAUAUAUCAGGGCGAUAGUCCGUUCUACGGCCCGGUAAGACCAAACUUCCUGAAGGCGCUGGUUAUCUACACGCGUCCGCCGGGCCAGCCGGGGGGACUGACCUACUCCCUCCGGGCCACGGCCAACUCCACUCUGCCCCCCAUAAUCAACGCCCUCGAGACGUUCGCCCUGAGAGAGCUAACCUUGAAGCCGACCGACGAGGACGAAGGUGACACCCUAUGGCUUCUUCCCUCUGGAAUAUUUUUAACACAAACAGUUAUCUUCAAGCUUCCAUAGAUCGAAGUCUCAUUCAUGAGGUUCAUCAUAAAUUCUGAUACACUCUGGUCGUGAUAUCACCCCACAAGAGGAAUAACCUAGGGGAUGAGAAACCCAGUAUAGUACUGAAAUGCAGAAUUAUUACUUUCUUCUUUUCAUCGAUCAUACAUGAAAAUGUGUGUAAUGGGCGUAAAUCAUUCUUCACGCAUUAUCUUUGUCAAGACUGUAGCUGUUCUGCAUUCUUACUCUUGCUCACCCACAUGGAUGACAGUGGAGGCCAUUUCAAAGCUCAAGGACUUGUAUAAAGUUAAAAGGAACUGGGAUGGCGAUCCGUGUGUUCCACAAAACUUCACCUGGGAAGGCCUGGAAUGCAGCGCCAAUGCCUCUAAUUACUGGGGGAUAACCUCGUUGUGAGUUCUGACAGUAUGGUCAACUAAAUUUCUUUUCUAAGCAACUAGGCUUGAAAUUAUAUGGCACCGAAGAAUGAAAUUAUCUUUGCUUGCAGAAACUUGUCUCAUAGCGGAUUGGGUGGUGGAAUUCCUCCUUUUAUUGCCAACCUCACAAGCUUGACAUCCUUGUAAGUUCGUUUAAAAUUCUUGAAUGUGCUUUCCACGUCUUCUUUUGACGAAUAUUCUGUCAAGCAUAAAAAAAUGCCAAUUUAAAGAAAUUUCAUGGCUGUUUUUGAAUGAAAAAUUUAUCACCUGCAACUAUUUAUUGAUAUUUUUUUCACGGGAAAUAGAAGAUUGUGUCUCUUACUGAUGUAACGAGAAUAAAAGGUUGCUCUCAAAGCUAAUGCAUUCCAAGCAAGAAAGUAGAUAAUUUUACACUCUACGCUCUUCUACUGCUUUCAGGGAUCUAUCAUAUAACAACUUUUCAGGUGAAAUACCUGCUUACGUAGAGAAACUACAAGCUCUUAAAAUCCUGUAGGUUUCGAAACUUUGAACUCUCCAAUUUGGUUCUUCAUCCAGGGAGUAUCGGAUGGUUAAAUAUUCCCCUUUUGCAGGAACUUGGAAAGCAAUAAUUUGAAUGGGACUAUUCCAAGGACUCUUUCAGAAAGAUCACGAGAUGGAUCGCUACUACUAAGGUUAGCGGUGCAUCCAUGGUCAUUGGAUAAUAUGCUUCUGAAGAAGUAAUUUAAAACAAAAAGUUAUGCCAACGAGGGAAAAAUAAAUAAAGCAUGAAAAGAAUCCAUAAUGUUGAUUAAUUCCCACUGUUGAGUUGCUCCAAACCCCAGGUUUCUUAUAUACCGUGCCCCAGAAAAGAUAGUUGAGAAAAAUCCUUGAUACAAUGUGUUAAGUAGAUGAUAGAAUAAAUUAAGACAUUGCUAAUAUGAAGCACUUGACAGGAUUACUUCCUCUAACUAAGUUUCUGCGCUUUCAUUUCAAAAAAUUGACUGAGACAUGACCGAUUUAUUUUUAUAUUCCGAAAUGUAGUCCUUAAAAACAUGUAAAACAUUAGUCACCGAGUUUUUCUCAUACCUGAAAGAAAACCGGUGUGUGGUUAGCAUUAGAACAUCAAACAUGAAGGUGUCACACACAUUGAGUAGAAAAAAAAGAUCAGUCCCUCGUUGGGCACUUGAUCCUAGAUUAAAUUUGUGCCGAACGCUCUAUAAAUCCUGGAUAAUCAGUAAAUUCGGAUAUAGAUGAUGUAUUCACCCAAUUCUGACACCUAUUAUCUUAAAAUUUUAGGAUCAACAACAAUCCAAUUCUAUGCAGCACAGUGAGUCUCUGUGAAUCAACAACAAAGAAAAAAAAGAUAAUCAUUCCCUUUGCAAUAGCUAUUUCGGCAUUCGUUCUGCUUGUUUUUGUGAUCGUCAUCAUAGGAUGUAUACUUAAAAGAAGAAGGGUAGACAAAGCCCAAAAGAGUACCGAAGGUACAUAUCUGUAACUUAUGUUACUUUUAUAACAUUAUUAAGUCUGCUAUCAACACUUGUUGGAAGGCCGCUCCUAAUGUUAUUUUAACAUUUUCCUGUAUUGCAGUACAAAUAUACAGGGUGCAACAAGGAAGGGAUUGUGGCUGCCAGUUAGUGGAGAAGGAAAAUAGACUGCUUUUUGAAAGUGACCAAUUUUCAAUAUCUGAUAUUGUAAAUAUCACCAAUAAUUUUGAACGACCAAUUGGAAGAGGAAGCUUUGGAAUCGUCUACUACGGCCGUUUAAAGAUGAAACUCAAGUUGCAGUGAAAGUACUUUCUAUAUCAUCAACUCAGGGAACGCAGCACUUUAGAGCUGAGGUGAGUCAUAGUGACUGAAAAAGAAAUCCCAAUGGUCCCAGUGGUAUUUAAUUCCAUUCUACUUACAACUGAGGCAAGACCUAGUGAUUAUCUAUUCAUUCGUGACUUGUUUUAUGCCCUAAAAUAACGGGUAUCUUGGAAUUUCAGGCUCAACUGUUGAGGAGAGUGCACCAUAAACAUCUAGUAACAUUGUUAGGAUAUUGUAACGAUAACCUAGCACUGGUCUACGAGUUCAUGCCUCGGGGUUCCCUUGCAGAUCACCUCUCAGGUUAUCUUCACAUAUGAGCAAAUGCCAUGUUACUCUGUGAGCCUUCAAUUAUUUUCCUUGCCUUUCAAGUCCUCAUAUAACAAUCAAUUACACACAGGUGGCUCUGCCCAUCAUAAUACCUUAAGUUGGAGAGGGCGACUUCGUAUAGCACUUGAAGCAGCACAAGGUUCAUUCUUGAAACAUCAUUGAUCUUCCUUUCUCUUAUUAUUUCUUACGUCUUAUUCUAUUAAUGAUGUAUGAUGGUCAUAUUUUUUGAACUCCAGGACUUGACUAUUUGCACUGUGGUUGCAAGCCACCCAUUGUUCACAGAGACGUCAAGCCUUCAAAUAUCCUCUUAAACGAAAACUUUGAAGUCAAGCUAGCCGAUUUUGGGCUGUCCAGGGCUUUCACCAAUGAAGAGGCUACUCACAUAUCAACUCUAGUUGCAGGCACUCCUGGUUACCUUGAUCCUGAGUAUGUCCUAAAGAAUGCAUUCAUAGUUCAUACAGGCAAAGGAAUAGUCUUAGCUUGAGAAUUUACUCAAUUUUCCGAAUUCAUUCUGUGCAGGUAUUUCAGAACAAAUAGGCUGAAUGAGAAGACUGAUGUUUAUAGCUUUGGGAUCGUACUACUAGAACUUGUAACGGGAAAACCACCAAUCGGUAACGAUUCCCAGAGAACUCACAUAACCCGGCACGUGCAGUCCAGAUUAGAAAGAGGAGAUAUAGCUGAUAUUGCAGACCAAAGAAUGCAGGGCUACUAUGAUGUUAAUUCCAUAUGGAAGGUAUUAGAGAUCGCAAUGUCAUGCACGUCACGAAACUCUGGCGAGAGACCAACUAUAAGCACUGUGGUCAUACAAUUGAAGGACUGUCUGGCAGCUGAAUCAUCCGGGGAUUCCGCAAAUGAUAGUAGUACAGAUACAUUAGCUGUGGUUCCUCCCCAUUCAAUGGCAAGGAUUAGCCCAUCUGCACGAUAG